CUUGAAUAUAUAAUACUGAAUCCGGCAGCGAGUAUUUCUCCUUUUGAAUAAUCACAAACACACACUUUUUUCCUGCUGCUGAAAAAAUGGUUGGAAAGAUCUGUUACCAGUUCGCACGAGAUGGGACCUGCAAAUUCAAAUCAUGCAAAUUUGAACAUAUACGCCAGGGAGACUCACCAAAGGCAGCAAAUGGCCCCGGUCGACGUGGAGGCUCCGAACCCGAUGAGUUCAACGAGCUCUCUGCAUGGAAGAGACAGAUCGCCUACGGUCGAACAAGUCAACCACUCGGCUCCAGGCUGGGAGAGUUCUUCAAAAAGGCCAGAAAGCUGAUUCAGGGACACGAGAGCUCAUUGCAAGAGGUUAUCCAGUGUCUCUCAAAGGAGGGUGGCCUGCGACGGAUUCAAGAGCUUAUUGAACGGGACUUUUCUGUCCUGUCGCCAACAGCGAAACGCACUAUAUUCGCUGAGGAGAUGCUGCCUUUCAUAGAGGUCAUCACAUAUCCCAGCUUACUGACCUCGCUGGUCCUGGAACAGGCCGUUGGGAGUAUAUACAACUGCAUCUUCGGGAUUAAUGCGCGUCGGGCAGCGCCGCUUCUACAAUUUCUAGCCGAUACGAUACAACUUGAAGUCGAGGCAGAUGGCGAGGCUUCCUGUAUAUACCUUGAAUCAUCCUUAUCGGCCUUCUGGCACAUUGUCGACUUGAAUUCGACGGCCUUCAUCCAAGAGUCGCUACAGCAAGUUGUCCAGCGGUUCGCAGACCUCCUGAAUGCCCUCCAUGGCCUGGACGGUGGAAGUGGCCUUCACCAGUCCGUCCACUACCUUGAGCGACUCCAGCGCCGUCUAAAUAUUGGACUCUCUCUACCAACGUUGCUGGGGUCUUCGCGGAAAGUCCCAUCCAAUGCUCCACCUGUUGCCUUUGUCGCACAGAAAGAUCCGCCUGGGAAACGCCACGACAAUGACCACGCCGACAUUGGGAAGGUUAAGAUCAUGCCGACCUUCCAGGAGAUCCUGUCAUCACGCACGGAAUACCUCCCCGUGAAGGACCCGCGUCAAUGGCAUCUUCCUGGGCUGGCCGGACUGCUAGACAGGAACUUCCGGCUCUUGCGAGAAGACACUGUUGGGCAGCUCAGAGACGCCAUUCACGCGGAGCUCCGGCCCCGGGCUACGAUACAUGGUCGGAGGGGGCAAACCAGAAUGCACAUUUAUAGAGACGUCCUCGUCAAGCAGGUGGACCUGCACAAGCGUUCCGGGCUGCAGUUCCUCGUGCAGUUCUCGCAGCCAACGCAGGUCCGAGGUAUGUCGAAACAGAAACAGCAGGACUGGUGGCAAUUAUCCAAGCGCCUGCAAGCAAGUGCUUUCGUUUGCCUUCUGGAUCGCAGGGGGACUGCAGUGUUCUGUACGGUAGCUCCGCCUGAUCUUCCGAGUAAAAGGCCCGGUGCAGUGGAGAAGAAGGACCCAAGAAUGGCCAAUUCACUCUCGGGGGACAUAAAUGUGGCUUCAGUAGUGUUGGAGCUUGUUGAGCCAGGAGAGCAUACAUGGCAAUAUAUUUUAGACUGCCAUGGAGCGAAAGGGAACCUGUCUGCGAUGUCGCUGGUGGAAUUCCCUGGGAUUCUUCUGCCCUCAUUUCAACCUACGCUGCUUGCUUUGCAGAAGAUGCAAAAGGCCGCUGAUAUUCCAAUGUCAGAUUUCAUUGCACCCAGCGAUACAAGCAGCCUGUCGGAGUUCAUAGAUGUGCCGCCGCCGCUGUACUCGGUAGUCCCCGGAUUCAGCUUCGAUCUAAAAUGUCUCAUGAAUGACGGCUCAAGUUUAACUGUUGAACAUUCCAAGCCCAUCGAUAUAAAGACUCUUCAGAGCAAGUCCACUCUUGAUGAUGCCCAAGCAACAGCCCUGGUGCGCUCACUCCAGAGACGAAUCGCUCUGAUCCAAGGCCCGCCAGGCACCGGCAAGAGUUUUACAGGAGUGGCAUUGAUCAAGGUGCUUUUAGCCAACAAGAAGAAGGUCAAAAAGGGGCUUGGGCCUAUUCUCUGUGUGUGCUAUACUAAUCAUGCCCUUGACCAACUCCUGGAAGACCUGUUGGACAACGACAUCACCACCCAAAUCAUCCGCAUUGGGUCUCAAUCCAAAUCCGAGCGUUUGCAGCCACUGAAUCUCCGGACUGUUGCCAGAGAGGUUGACAAGACCCGGAUGGAGAAGCACAACCAGUGGCUAUUACGCACGUCACUGGACGAAGACGAGGAAUCGUUCCAGGAGCUCAAGCUCAACUCGGCAGGCCCAGCGCACAGACUGAAAGAGUAUAUCAAAAGGAGUAACCCCCUGCACUACCAGCAGCUCUUCCAGAAGGAUGCGGAUGGCUUUCAGAGGCAGUCUAAAUCAGGACCUCUUGGAAUCCUGCACUCAUGGCUCAACGGGGGACAGCGACACGGGCAUACUCGCCCCAUACCUGAACUGGCCAUGGUCCAUGUAGAUAUGAUGACAGUGUCAGAACGCCGGCUCCUACAUGCACACUGGUCUAGCGGGGCCCGAAUGGAGGCUCUUUCCGAGGCACGGUCGCUGCUGUCAUCGCAUUCUGGAACCAAGCACUCUCUGGAUAGAGUACAGGAUGAAAUCGACCUCCGCUGCCUUCGAACGGCAGACGUUAUCGGGGUCACCACAACAGGUCUGGCCCGAAACCUGAACAUGUUGCGUCGUUUACCGUCAAAGGUUCUCUUAUGUGAAGAAGCUGGCGAGGUUCUCGAAGCGCAUUUACUCACCUCGUUGCUACCUUCUCUGGAGCAUGUUAUCCUCAUUGGCGAUCACCAGCAGCUUCGGCCUCAGAUCCAGAACUACGAGCUUUCUAGGGAAAGUAGCUCUGGAAAAGCGUACUCCCUAGAUAGAUCUCUAUUCGAACGUCUUGUGGAGCCUGAUGAUGGAGUCGGGGUGCAACUCCCCUUCUGCAGUCUAGAGACGCAACGCCGUAUGCAUCCGUCCAUGUCUCGUCUAGUCCGUGACACCCUAUACCCAAGACUGCAGGAUUCCCCCGUAGUCUCCGAGUACCCUGAAGUUAUGGGGAUGCGCCAUCGGUUGUUCUGGUUGGAUCACCGACAUGCAGAAGGCGAUUCGUCUGGCGACGACGCCAUUGCAACAUCCCACUGGAACGACCACGAAAUAGACCUGACGAUUGCCUUGGUUAAUCAUCUUAUCCGACAGGGCACCUAUGCCUCUGGCGAUAUAGCCGUGCUUACGCCCUAUCUGGGGCAGCUCCAUCGCAUACGGCGGAGACUUGCUGGUUCCUAUACAAUCACCUUGGGCGAAAGGGACCAGGAAGACCUUGAUAAUGCAGGAUUUGCGGCUGAGACAACAGACUCGGAUAGUAAAGUUAUUACCAAGUCCUCUCUUCUCCAAACCCUCAGAGUCGCCACUAUUGAUAACUUCCAGGGCGAGGAGGCCAAGGUUGUUGUGAUCUCCCUGGUAAGAAGCAACAAGCAAAAUCAAUGCGGCUUCCUCCGGACGCCUAACCGGAUAAACGUCCUUCUCUCGCGGGCCAUGCACGGAAUGUACGUUAUUGGUAAUUCAGAAACAUCCAAAGGGGUCGACAUGUGGAAUAAGGUGAUCAAUAUCUUGGAGUCCGAGGGUAAUAUCGGUUCGAGUCUUGACCUCUGCUGUCCUCGCCACCCGGAGACACCCAUCACAGUAUCGGAGCCUGACGACUUUCUCCAACUCGCCCCAGAGGGAGGCUGCAGCCUGCAAUGCGGCAAGCGGCUCCGGUGCGGCCAUCCCUGCAAGCAGAAAUGUCAUUCUGAUAUGCUACAUGCCGCGGUGUACUGUACGGAGCCUUGUCAGCGUCCUCAGAAGGGAUGCACCCAUCCCUGCCCUAGGCCCUGUGGAGACCCGUGCCCGAAGAAAUGCCAGAUUCCAGUGUUUGAUGCUGGACGUAUCCUACCCUGUGGCCAUUCCAUGGCUAGUCUGCCCUGCUGGCAGUCUCAGGACCUGAGCACCGUCAAAUGCCCUACGCUCGUGAAAAAGGAGGUUCCGCAUUGCAAGCACUCUAUCACGAUCGCAUGCCAUGUCGAUGUCGCCAGCGUGGAGUAUCAGUGCAGGCGCCCAUGUCAGACCAUCCUCCCAUGCGGCCAUAGCUGCAAACGGAGAUGCGCCGACUGUCUACAGCGCACUGCCGAGGGUGUUGCGACAGACCAUGGACAAUGCACCCAGCCAUGUGGACGGCCUUAUUCAACAUGUGCCCAUUCCUGCAGCGCACCUUGCCACGAUGGCACGCCAUGCGGUGAAUGCACGGCGCCGUGCGAUGUACAGUGUGGGCAUUCGAGAUGUCCGCAGAAGUGCUCUGAUCCAUGCCCGCCCUGCGCCGUAUCUGAAUGUCUCUCGUCCUGCCCUCAUAGCACAUGCUCAAUGCCUUGCGCUGCGCCCUGCAACCACGUUCCUUGCUCGCGGCGGUGUGAAAAACCCCUAAGCUGCGGCCACCAGUGUCCCUCUGUUUGUGGAGAGUCUUGUCCCCCUGCGACAUUCUGUCAGGUGUGUGCAGCGGAGAGUAUCAAGAGCACCCCGGUCGAUUUCAUUCUCGGUGAUGUAUACGAGGAAAUAGACCUGGACGUUAACCCGUGCAUCUUCCCUCAGUGCGGGCACUUUUUGACCAUUGAAAGCAUGGACGGCCAGAUGGAUUUCCGGAGCCAUUAUAAUAUGAACGAUGAGGGGAGGCCGGUGUCUAUUGCCUCGUCUUUAAAGCCGUUCUCGAUUGACGACAUCCGGACGUGCGCGACUUGUCGUGGAUCGCUGCGUAAUCUAUCUCGCUAUGGAAGGCUUGUGAGACGGGCCUUGCUAGACGAGGCCACCAAGAAGUUCAUCGUAUAUUUGAAUCAAUCAUAUAUACCAAUGGCACAGGCCUUACCAAAGGCUUUGUCUGAGCUACGGGAUGGAGAAGGGACACGAAAGACAGCGGAUAUAGCCAAGCGGAUUUUCCACGGCGGCUCGAAGGUGCGAAUCGAAGGCCCCCCUAGCCAUCAAGUCCGGCUUAUGGCAACCCAUAUCAACAAACAUGAUAAACCGCGGUGGAAGCUCCUGUUAGACCUUCGGGAUAGGAUAUCUACGUACAGGAACAGAGUCAAACUCGAGGAACAACCAUACAACCAAGUCCGCAACAUGGUCGAGGGGGCCCACCGACGCAACCAAGCCCUAGGCCAGUUCGAGUUUGACGAAGAUGUUCUCCAAACAAAGGGCCACCUCCAGGCCACCUCGCUUCUGCUCCGUCUAGAUACUGCUCUUCUGGCUGACUUCCUGUCCCUAAAGAAACAGGCCCCUAGCAGCAGCGAAAGCAUAUUACAUGUCAACCUAGCAGAGAACAAAAAGCAAAGCAAGACCCUCAUCGACGAGGCUGCUUCCUCUGUCCGUGUCUUGCAGCAGGUCGAGGGGCAUAUCUUCCUUGCCCAGCUAUGCGCGUUAGAGCGCCAGAGUGUGACUGACGCCGCGAAAGCUGAGAGGCUGUUACAGGAGGGCACGAGCGCCAUAGACCAAGCCCAGGGCCUAUGUGACUUACAUACCCAGCAGACACGGGGCCUUUCCGACGAAAUUGAAGGCACCCGGAACAUGCUGCACGGGUCAACCUUUUACACGCCUGUGACGAGCGAGGAACGCGCAGCCGUCCUGGCUGCAAUGGCGCGCGAGUUCAGGGGAACAGGACACUGGUACUAUUGCGAGAAUGGACAUCCGUUUACUAUUGGGGAGUGUGGAGGGGCGAUGCAGCUGUCGACGUGUCCGGAAUGUGGUGCGCGUGUUGGAGGGCAGCAUCACCGGACGGCUGAUGGGGUAACCAGGGCCAGUGAUUUGGAGGAUGGGCUGAGGGGAAUGCAUAUAUGAUCGUUGGGUUCUGGGGCAGUACCACAUUACAUAGAAAUGACAGCUUUUAUAUCAAUAGGCAGUCCCGGGAACGCACAUCUCUGGACCGGGAGGAUAUUCAACCUAUGGGGACAGAGCAGAGAUAAUAGAGAAAUUACAUUGCAUACAUAGCAGUCACGAG